GCUUUAUUCUAAACCUGCAGCACCAGCGACGUAGAAUCAAGAAAAACCCAAACGCUGCCGGAUUUUGAAUUGUUCCCUUCUCUUCCCCCUCAGGCUCUGAGCCGCCCACUUGUGCUUGCUCUGCCCUGAGUUCUGUCAUCAAUCAAACUGAACUGAGGGAAAAAUGUGCAAAUCCUGACAGAGACAGAGAGAGAGAGAGAGACCGAGCAGGCUGGGGCUCGAGAAGAAAGUUUGGAAAAGUUCCUCGAAUCAGAUGGCCACGUUCAUGGGGAGAGACAGGUGGGAGCUGAGCCUGAGACUGCUCCUCCUUGGGCUCUGGCUGCUGGUAGUCUCUGCCCAGCAGACGACGCCGGUGCCCCCCCAGCGGGAGAAGGUGGCGGUCCGAUUGUCAGGCUACCCUCGCAAGCAUAACGAGGGCCGCGUGGAAGUCUUGUACGAGGGAGAGUGGGGGACCAUCUGUGACGACGACUUCAAGCUGGAGAACGCGGUGGUUCUGUGCCGGAUGUUGGGAUUUACCACGGCCGUCGGCUGGACACACAGCGCCAAGUAUGGCAAAGGGACAGGGAGGGUGUGGCUGGAUAACUUGGAUUGUCGUGGGACAGAGAAGGACGUCUCCGAGUGCAAAUCCCUGGGGUGGGGGCAGACUGACUGCACACACGAGGAGGACGCUGGAGUUAUCUGCAAGGACGAGCGCAUCCCUGGAUUUGUAGACUCAAAUGUCAUCUCGGUGCAAAGCGAGCAGAUCGAGGAGGUGCGUCUGAAGCCAGCUGUACCUAACGCCAGGCAACGCCUCCCUGUCACCGAGGGCUUUGUGGAGGUGAAGUACAAGGGCCAGUGGGAACAGGUCUGUGACAAUGGCUGGAACUACAAGAACAGCAGGGUGGUCUGUGGAAUGCUGGGAUUCCCUGCCGAGCGAAGGACCAACAAGAGAUUCUACAAGAUGGUGUCUGAACGCCAGGUGCCACGGUACCGAGUGCACUCAGUGGUGUGUGCGGGCACUGAGACCCACUUCUCCCUCUGCCAGUUCGAACUGCUGAAGGGGAACAUCAGUAACCAAUGCCCUGGAGGUGCCCCCGCUGCUGCCAGCUGUGUCCCUGGCCCUCUGUUCAGUAAAGGGCGCAGGAGGAAACAACCCAAGUUGGCAGCUUUGAAAUGGCAAGAACCCAGGCUUAGCCAGUGA